UCUGACUCCGCCCCCCUCCCGGUCUUGCCCCGCAAUUUCGCUGGGCCUAAAUAAGCCUCUGGGCUCAGUUUGACCUCAGCAUCUAGCUAUGGCGGCAGUGACCUGGAGUCGGGCGCGGUGCUGGUGUCCGAGGUAAGCUUGCAGCUUCGACUGUCCGGCCCAAAGUCGCCAGCGAGGUUUGUUGCCCGCCCACGGAGCCGCCCGCUUUGUCAUCUGGCCUGGCUAGCGGGACAGCAGGAUAUUCAUUUGGCGACUUCCCAGCGAGAGAGCUCUAAAGAGUGACCUCGAAGGUUCUUCCUCUGCUGAGUCCCAAAGGUCUCCUGCAGGUCUUCAGAUUACCAGUGGCCAAACUGCACCUGAGCAGACCAACAAUGAGAGCCAGUCAGCAGGACUUUGAGAAUGCGUUGAACCAGGUGAAACUCUUGAAGAAGGACCCAGGAAAUGAAGUGAAGCUAAGACUCUAUGCACUGUAUAAGCAGGCCACAGAAGGACCCUGUAAUAUGCCUAAGCCGGGCGUGUUUGACUUUGUCAACAAAGCCAAGUGGGACGCAUGGAAUGCCCUGGGCAGCCUACCCAAGGAAACUGCCAGGCAGAACUAUGUGGAUCUCGUAUCCAGUUUGAGUUCCUCAUCUGAAGCCCCGAGCCAGGGAAAGCAUGGAGCUGAUGAGAAAGCCCAGGAGUCUAAAGGUCUCCUGGUAACUUCUGAAGAUGGCAUCACGAAGAUCACAUUCAAUCGGCCCACCAAAAGGAAUGCCAUAACCUUCCAGAUGUAUCAGGAUAUUAUACUUGCACUUAAAAAUGCCAGCACGGAUAACUCAGUCAUGGCUGUUUUCACAGGAACUGGUGACUACUACAGCAGUGGGAAUGACUUGACCAACUUCACAAGUGCUGCUGGGGGGAUGGAGGAGGCAGCUAGCAAGGGCGCUGUGGUACUGAGGGAAUUUGUAAACAGUUUCAUAGAUUUUCCCAAGCCUCUGGUUGCAGUAGUAAAUGGCCCAGCUGUGGGAAUCUCUGUUACCCUUCUGGGACUUUUUGAUGCUGUCUAUGCAUCAGACAAGGCAACGUUUCAUACUCCAUUCAGCCAACUUGGCCAGAGCCCGGAAGCAUGCUCCUCUUACACGUUUCCGAAGAUGAUGGGCUCAGCAAAGGCAGCUGAGAUGCUUCUCUUUGGGAAGAAGCUCACAGCAAGAGAGGCUUGGGCUCAAGGCCUUGUCACUGAAGUUUUCCCUGAAAACACUUUUGAGACAGAAGUCUGGACCAGGCUGAAAACAUACACGAAGCUCCCACCAAACGCCAUGAGAAUUUCCAAAGAGUUAAUCAGGAAAAAUGAGAAAGAAAAACUCCAUGCAGUUAAUGCUGAAGAGUGUACUACCCUACAAGCAAGGUGGCUGUCCGAGGAAUGCAUCAAUGCAAUCAUGAGCUUCGUGACCAGAAAACCAAAGCUGUGAAGACCACCGCAACAGCUAGACUCCUCAAAGGAAGGAUGGGCUCUGAGUUCCAGUGUCGAGAACUUGACUGACCCAUACUUCCCUGUGCUUUUUUCCUUGAUUAACAUAGCAAUUAUGAUGAGAAUUCUUCACAGCACUGAUAAAUAAAACUUUUCAUAAAUCAA